AAGAAGUUCUUGUCGGGAGUUCAUUUAUCUGGGAACGAUGAAGGUUGUUAUAUUACUAUGUGUCUUGAUAGGAACUGUGUGUUGUAAAUCUGUGAAAGAAAAAGAAAAAAGCAGACCACCAAGAGUUUCAUAUAGAGGACACAAGUUAUUGUCAGUGAAAGUACAAACACAACUCGAAGUUGAGUUUUUGCGGGAGCUUCAAAAUGAUCCGGACUUGGAGCUUGAUUUCUGGAAACAACCAAUGAGGGGAGAUGUUCAUAUACACAUUGAACCAAAACAUGAGAAGAAAUGUAUGGAGACACUUGAACGAGCAGGACUCAAAUACUCCGUCUUACAAGAAGAUAUUCAACGCGGAAUUGAUACUGAGUGGCAAUCUAUAUCUAGACAUGCUGGAUCAAGAGAUUACACCCAAACCUACCUAGAUUUAAAUGGGAUAGAUGAUUUCCUUAGCACUUUGGAGGCAGAGGUUCCUCAACGAUUGCAACGAUUUAAUCUAGGGGGAACAACUACAGAAGGACGACAAAUAUGGGCGGUUAAGGGUCGGAAACAAAGUUGA